AUGAGUGGAAAAUUAAAAAUUUAUAUUAAUUCACAAGAAACUACAAUUUCUAAUUCAUUAAGAACCCGUUCUGUUCCUAGCGUCAAAACUACAUGUUGUGAAUUAUUCUUAAGCUGCUUUAGAAUUAUUCAUAAAAGAAAAUCUAUUAAGAACAUUAUGAACAAUAAUGUUAAAGAAUACGAUUAUGUUGUUGAAAAACUCAUUGUAAAUCGUGUACCUUUUAUUCUCUUUUCAAUACCAAAAAGCACUGUAGAAUGUAAAAUCAAUUCUAAAAGUAAAAGAAAUUCUAAUAACAACGUCCUAGAAUCACUAACAAAAUUAAAUACCAUAUAUUCACCAGAAACUCAAUCAUUAUUAUAUUAUUCUGAUAGAUUUGAUCAAAAUAUUUUAUCUCUGAAUACUGCUAACAAGUGUUCACAUUUCAAUACAAAUACAGCUAUAUUGAAUGAAAAAAUUAAAAAAUGUACAUUAUUCAAAGGUUAUCAUACUAAAAUAACUGAAUUUAUGAAUGUUAUAAGUAAUUUAUGUUUAGAUUUGGAAGAACAUGAAAAACUACCAAAGGAUCCGUGUUUUUUUAAUAUAAUAAAAAGUAUGAAUGUUAUAUCUACAAAAAUGUCUCUUAAAGGAUUUUUAAAGAGAAAUAAUCAUCAUGAGAAGGAAAAAGCAUUUAAAUCACGAAUUUUUAUUCAAGAACCAUUUUUAAAGAAAAGAGGGCAUGGUAAUACAGAAUCAUCUGAAAUUAAGCCAAGAAAUAAACACGAAAUUUAUAAUGUGAAACAAAUGGAAUAUGUAUCAUUAAAUGAUUAUCAAGAUAACUUUGUUUCCAAAAAUAAAAAGCCCAUUGCCAAAUCUGUUCAUGAAAUUUCUUACAAUUCUGCAAAUUUUGUGAAAUCAAUUAUUAAUAUACAUUCAAUUAAUGCUGAAGAUAAUAAACCAAUUAAUAAUCACUUGAAAUAUAAUCAUCAAUUCUUGAUAAAUCGUACUAAAAUAUUAUCUGAAAAUAUUGCAAACAGUAAUCCAUUAAUAUUAAGAUGGAAUAUCAUUAUAAAGCAUUAUAAAGGAAAAACAUAUUCUUCUAAUAUUUCUCAGAAAAUGAAUAAAUAUUUCAAUAUAAAUUAG